AUGAGUGUCUUUUUAUGGUCAGUGGCGGUUUUGGGCUAUGUUGUCCAGACCAAAUGUAUUUCGCACAUGGUAUUCACAUCUCAACAAAAUGUUAGCCCUUUUUACCUAACUUUUGUUCAUCUUUCCUCUUGGCUUCUCGUAUUACCGUUGACUCAACUCUUUUUUCGAGUCAAGUAUGGUUUGGUCCAUGGGCGGAGCAUGUGGAGUAUCCCCCAGCUGAGCAGUGAAGAAACGGAGUUCGAUACAGAAGCUCAAGAGGAACAACAGCCUGAGAAACGGUUUUCAAUUUGGGUUCACGCAAUUAAAAUUGCUGGCUUGGCAAUCCUUCUAUCUCUCGGGUACUAUACUUAUUUUACCUCUAUUAAACUGUCGCCGGCUCUAGAUAUUGCCAUUAUUCACAACAUCUCCAAAUUUGAGAUCUGUUCGUUGUUGUUAGGUGUUUGCGGUAUUAGUUCAAGAAGACACCUUUUCAAAAAUUACGUGCUCCUGGUUACGAUACUAGUGGGCGUUUUGAUUGUAUCAUACACCAAGGCAACUUGCGAUUUCCUUGCGGGCAAAUUGUCCGUAAACGCAGAAACAGGUGAACUGACCGAUCCUUUUCUGUUUGACAGGCUUAAGGGAGCGCUUAUUUGCGGUCUAGGUGCCCUCGUCAAUGGACCCGCUACUGUUCUAUGGAAUAAAUGGAUUGUAAGCAGCUUUUUCUCAGACAAGAGACAGAAAUCAAGACUUUACCAUUCAUUUAUGCUCAACUACCAAGUGAGCUUAGUUGGUGUGGCAUGUCUUGUACUACUCGGACCAAUCCUGAUCAUAUAUUGUCGUGAUGAAAGUCUACUAGGCGGAUUUGCCCAAAAUUCUGGACUUCUACUAGCGUCUAUCUUCCUAGGAAACAUUCCAAUGAUUCUCGCCUUCGUGCACCUUUCCGAAAAGUCCUGUCCCGAGUUUGCUACAACUUGUUACAUGGGCUCCAUUAUUGCCACUGCAAUCUCGGACUGGUUGGCGGAAAGUGGAGGUUCUAUCAUAACAAGAUGGGAGGUGAUUGGAUAUUUUCUCAUCAGUAUCGGCGGUGUCAUAUUGGGCUUCAACUACCGUUCUCAGAAAAACUGCUGA